UUGAAAUUUGUUGAUGGAUUCAGUUUACUUCCAGUUCAGACUAUAAGACGCGCUUCAAUUGUUAUCUCUCCUCUAGUAUUAAAGACUGUGAGCAACGGGACUUUACAGCCAGAAGGAAAGUAUCAAUAAUAUGCAUCUGCAGAACGAUGACCAUCGCUUUAUGAACAUCAUGAAGACGGAACGAGACCUCCAAGGCGAAGGUGGCGGUGGUCCAAAUGUCUUCGGCAACCCCACUCUUAGCAUCUCCUCAACGUCGGUCGACAUCGACCGCCAGGAGCAGUUCAAAGGCAGUAACGAUUUCAUUUUAGUGGAAGAAAACAACAAAAACGCCGACUCCCUCAAAACCUGGCUCACAACGAAAGCCAAAAACGCCUGCACGAAAAAAAUGCUCCAUCGGAGAAUCCCGAUCUUGAACUGGCUGCCCAAGUACGACUCCGAAAGCGCAGUUGGCGAUCUAGUGGCUGGGAUUACAGUGGGAUUGACUGUAAUCCCGCAAGCGCUGGCUUAUUCCAACAUUGCUGGGCUGCCAGCGCACUAUGGGCUGUAUUCCUCGUUUUUGGGAUGUUUUAUUUAUAUUAUUUUUGGGAGCUGUAAGGAUGUGCCCAUGGGGCCCACGGCCAUCGCCUCCCUUUUGACUUUCCAGGCCAUUAAUGGGCGAGGGCCACAACACGCCAUCCUCUUGUGUUUCCUGACAGGGAUUGUCCAGAUUUUGAUGGGAUUUUUUGGACUAGGAUUUUUGAUCGAUUUUGUCUCAGGCCCCGUCUCCUCAGGCUUCACCUCAGCCGUUGCCCUUAUCAUAGUCACGUCCCAGAUCAAGGACGUCCUUGGGAUUAAAGGCUCAGGCACGACGUUCGUAAGCACGUGGCGGAGCCUAUUCCAGGACAUCCACAACACAAAUCCCUGGGACUCGGUUUUCGGGAUUUGUUGUAUUGCAGUUCUUUUGAUUAUGCGAGUUGUCACGAAUUUAAAAGUGGGGUCUUCGACUGGCGAAUUGAGCAAAUUCCAAAAAAUCGUCAACAAAACUAUUUGGUUGAUCGGGACUUCCCGGAACGCAAUUCUAGUGAUUGUGUGCGGUUUUAUCGGGUAUUCCUUCUGUCUGAAUGGGGAACCCCCGUUUAAAGUCAUCGGACAUGUGCCACAAGGAUUGCCAACUGUCCAACCACCGCCUUUUAGCUACAAUGGAACUAACACAACAGAGACUUUCUGGGAUAUGAUGUCUGAUUUGAGUUCAGGGAUCGUGGUGGUGCCCCUAAUUGGGCUGUUGGAGGACAUCUCAAUUUGUAAAGCUUUUGCCAACGGCAAAGCUGUGGACGCCACCCAGGAACUCCUCGCAAUCGGCAUUUCCAACAUUGCCAAUUCCUUCGUCCAGGCCUUCCCCGGCUCUGGUUCGCUCUCCCGGAGCGCAGUUCAAAACUCCAGUGGCGUCCGGACGCCACUUAGCGGCCUCUACACCGGAAUUUUAGUCAUCACAGCUCUCUUAUUCUUCACACCCUACUUCUACUACAUCCCGAAAUCGUCACUAGCUGCCAUUAUCAUCGCAGCUGUGAUUUUCAUGGUCGAGGUCAAGGUCGUCAAACCGAUGUGGAGGACCAAAAAAAGCGACCUAAUCCCGGGUUUGGGCACGUUUAUUGCAUGCCUGGUCCUCCCUCUGGAGUACGGGAUCUUGAUCGGGAUCGGGAUUAACCUUCUGUUUAUUUUAUACCACGCGGCGCGACCCAAAAUCACCGUCGAAAAACUGACAAGCCACGAAGGCGUGGAGUACUUGAUGUUGACUCCGGACCGCUGUCUCAUCUUCCCCUCGGUGGAUUACGUGCGCAAUUUGGUGACGAAACACUCGAUCCGACAGGGGAUUCCCGUCGUAAUCGACUGCUCGCACAUCUACGGCGCCGAUUACACCGCCGCCACCGUCAUCGAAGUGCUGACUCAGGAUUUCGCAGCUAGGGACCAGCCGCUGUUUUUCUACAAUCUCAAGCCGAGUGUUAGCUCCGUUUUCGAGGGGCUUUCCCCGAAGGAGUUCGUCGUUUAUUACAAUCGCGAGGAUAUUGACGAGUUGUUGCGGAACAAGUCGUACAUCAAGAAGCAGAUUUUCAAUAUUUGAGGAGAGUAUUCACAGUGAAAGGAUCAGUAUUGUAGGUGUAGUGUUCUAGUUCCGUGAACUGUUUUAUUUAUUGUCCUUCUUGUAUAUAAUUAUAAGUGUACUAACGAUUUUAUAUCUGUGAUAAAUGAAGAUUUUAUACGAA